AUGGCGGACGAGCAGCUCCAACGGGACCAAGCGCAGCUUCGCGCUGCGAUCAACGACGUCUACAGCGAGGCGCUCAAGACACACAUGUUGGAAGCAUUAAGUGCGUUCGACGCGUCCACAAGCUUUGUGCAAUCAAGUUCAGCAGCUGAAAGGGCGCAGAGUGAGAGUGACAAGAACGACAUAGUUGCAAUUAAGCUGAGAGAGAAGGAAGUGACAGUGCAGAAGCCUCGAGACGCUCUGUUCGUUGUGAUCCACGCCUUGCUGCUUGAAGCUGGUUACGAGCUGUCGGCGAGAGCGAGCUCCGAGUUCGUGCUGCCGGAGAAUUGGGAUGCCAAUAGUGCAAAUGGGCUGUUUAAUGCAGCCUAUAUUCACCCUAACGACGACUCAAUCAAGUUUUCUCUCCAGGGUCUGUUUGUUGGUGGCAAGUUUGAAGUGUACAUCUCGGACGACAAGGACCACACCCACUCGAUCGAACUAAGUGUGGAUCAAUUCGUUGCUGUUGGGGGCUCAACAGGUCCGAUGUCUGCAGCUGACUUGCUGCUUAACCUGAAGACUUUACGAGAGAAGUUCACGCCGUUCGCUGAGAGCAUUCGACCUACAAAGAAGAAAGAGGCGACGCCAGCAGUAAGCAGCCCUGGUUUCGUGCGUCCAUCUGACCGAGAUGAUCGAGGCCAUAAUGUUCCAGCGCCUACCCGUAUCCCUCCGGUGGGUGGAGGUGACGCGUUUCCUCCUGGUCUUGGCGGCGGCAAUCCGGACAUGUUAGUUGGACCCAACCAUCCGCUCUUUGGUCAUCGUGGUGAUCCAUCCGUUGGACCUGUUCCUGGAGCUCGCUUCGACCCGUUUGGUCCGCCUAUUGACCCUCUGGGCCCCACUGGUGGCUUCCGUCCUCCUUCACGUGGUCCAGCACCGACAAUGCCGUUUGGAGGUCCAGGACCUGACCACUUGCGCAUGCCCCGCGACGACGACAUGGAUCCCGGAUUCGGUUUCAGAGGAGGUAGUCGAGGUGGUGGAGGAUUCUCACAGCCGUUCGGCUCGGAUCACUCAUUCUUCUAA